AUGACUGUAAUUCUGCCUAAUGUUAUGAUGAUUACUGUUCUGGAGGAGCUUACAGACUACUGGAGGAUAAAGACCAGAACUCCUGUUGGAACCCGUGUCCCUGCCCGUGCCCCUGCACUUCCUAUUUGUAUCCUCCAUGAUGGCCGAGACACAUCUGUCACUUUCUCCAACACCUGGCGUCAUACCUGGCUCAUAAUGAGCCUUCGUUUCAUCUCCAGUGAUGGUACAAUUUCCUCAGGCAUUGUGAAAUUCCAAGUCCCUCCUGAGGACCCCAAUACUUUUCUUCUGAGGCCCAGAGCCCUGGGAGGUAGUUCUCUGGGUUUGCGGCUGAGGGAUCCUGAGGCUCCGAGAGAAGUCAAGCUGGCUCGUAAGCUGCGGAGCCCUGACUUCAGACUCUGGGUUCAGGGCUUCACCUGCCUGCUCCGCCAGGCUCUCGAGAGAAGCCCUAGACUCCACACAGCCCUUGCGGAAGCUGAUCUCACCACUGUGGAGAAGUGGGUCCUUCUCCUGCACAGCCGCUUUGUGGAGCUGAGCGAAGCAUACCGAGUGAUCAGCCGGGAGGAGAGCCGCCUCAGCUAUGAUCGCCAGCUCUGCUCAGCCACUUCUCCAAAGUCUCCAGGAAGAACAGCCCGUCCUGGGUCUGCUCAAGCACACAGCAGCUCCUGGGAAUCCCCCAAUGCCCAAUACCGGGCCCAGUUUCACAGUGUGAGGCCUCAGCGACCAGAGUCGAGGCAGCAGCAGCACAAGCACAACCAGCGGGUGCUGGGGUACUGCCUCCUGAUCAUGUUGGCGGGCAUGGGCCUGCACUAUGCUGUUUUCAGGAAGCUGGAGCAGAUCCACCGCAGCUUCAUGGAUGAAAAGGAUCGGAUCAUCACAGCCAUCUACAAUGACACACGGGCCCGGGCCAGGGCCAACAGAGCCAAGCUCCAGGAGCGAGUGCAGAGGCAGCAGCUGCAGCCCCGACCUGGAGGCCCAGAGAUCCCAGAGAUCCUGCCUCCGGGCACAGGCCCCGCCCCGGCCCCGGCCCCGGAGCGGCCCGCUAGGACGGGGCCUGCUCUGUGUUGUUACCUCCUUGCUACCCCGGGGGACUCCCACUCCCCAAAACGCGUGCAAUAAAAUGAUUCUCAAAAAAAAAAAAAAAAAAAAAAAAAAA